AUGACUUCCUCGGAGGUUGACAGCAACCUGGACGAGGUGGUGCCUCCGGGCGUCCACGGCCGUGCCGUGCCCAGCGACGGAGACGAUGGAGAGAGGCCACUGUGCUCCGAGAAGCCCUCGCCAAAGAAAGCCGAAAAAGUGCCCGACGGCGAAGAACUUCCGGGGGGCUGCUGCCCAUCAUGGUUGAGUGCCAGAUGGUCCAGAGCGGUCUUCUGGCUCUUGCUUGCAGGAUAUCUCACGGCAGCUUUGGUCCACAAUGCCUCCAAGGCGGUGCCUCUGUGCCUGGUUGCUCUGGCGAUCUUCCUCAUACAGACUUGGGAUGCGAUGUCCGCUUCGACCGGCGUGGACAUGGAGCGGCUGCUGGCUCCUCUGCAACGAUGCUGUGCUCGCUGCCCAGGAGGCGUUGGCCUUGGCGCCAUCGUGGCGGCCAUGGUUCUGACCCUGCUCUUCAUUUGCUGGGACAAGAACGAGUGGCACCGGCUAAUUCCCGCCUCUGGCCUUGGGCUGCUGGUGUUAUUGGGUUGGCUCACUUCGGCCCACCGGAGCCAAGUCCGCUGGAGGCCGGUGAUUACCGGCAUCGCGCUCCAGUUCCUCUUAGGCCUUCUGAUCAUGAAGACGGAUUUCGGCUAUCAGGCUUUCCAGGCGCUCGCCGAUGUCGUGGUGACCUUCCUGGGCUUCACGGACCAGGGGAGUGAGUUCGUGUUUGGCCCAUCUUACAAGGACUUCUUCUUCGUCUUCAAAGUCCUUCCCGUAAUCGUUUUCUUCAGCUCGAUCGUUUCAGCAUGCUACUAUCUCGGGAUCAUCCAGGCGGUCUUCAUUCGACUAGGCUGGGUGAUGCAGAAGAUCAUGGGUACGGGCUACUGUGAGUCUCUGAUCGCAUCUGCCAACAUCUUCCUGAGCCAGAAUGAGGCGCCGCUCAUUGUAAAGCCCUUUCUGGUCAACAUGACGCGGUCCGAGAUUCAUUCGGCAAUGACAAGCGGCUUCGCUUCCAUCGCUGGGUCCGUCAUGGCUGCCUACAUCCUCUUCGGCGUGCCGGCGGACCACCUCCUGGCAGCUUCCGUAAUGUCGGCCCCUGCCGCACUGGCCAUGUCGAAGCUGGCGUACCCGGAGACCGAGCUUCCGAGGACCAACACUCUGAAAGUGCUCGCGCCCGACACCGCUUCGAACCUACUGGAAGCCAUGACCACCGGGGUCAUGACUGGCAUGGCCAUGGCCGCCUGCGUCGCCGCAAUGUUGGUUGCUGCCAUGUCGGUCAUGGCCUUUCUGAACAGCUCGCUCGAGUUUGCCGGCGAGCUCGUGGGCAUCAGUGGGCUCACCAUCGACGCGGUGCUCUCCUACCUUCUCUGGCCACUGGCCUUGCUAAUGGGAGUGCCACCAGCCGACUGCCAAAGUGUUGGCUUGCUGAUAGGUCAGAAGACCAUCCUCAACGAGUUCGUGGCGUAUAAAAACCUCGCGGACCUGAAGGCCAAAGGUGGCAUCAGCACCCAAGCGGAGAUCAUUGCAACCUACGCCCUCUGCGGCUUUUCCAACUUUGGCUCCAUUGGCGUGCAGGUGGGCGGCUUCACCACGUUGGAGCCGCGGCGCAAGGCGGACUUCGCGGCCUUGGGCCUUAGAGCCAUGGCACCUUGGCCGUUUGCCAUCUGGGACACCGGCGUCUUUUUACAGAUCGCCCGUCUACAGCUGAGGGCUAGGAUCUGGAUCUUCCUACGGCCUGCUGACACGGUGGUGCCGGAAGCUGUCAAGGUGCCACCGCCUCGAAAUGCUCCGCCGCGGAAGGUGCAGUUGGAGGCACCGCAAAAGGACGAGCGACCCCCGAACCAGCGGGUGGAGCUGCGAAAUUGUUCCGUGGGGAAGCCAAUGCUGCCUCGGCAGGGAGGACGCUGCUUGUCCUCGCUGCAGUGCUCCGAUGCCGAGUUCUGCCACCCCGAGAGGAGGACCUGCGCCAUGUUCUGUGUCGGCUCGAACAGCAGUGACGCGGCGAUGAGCAGGUGUAGCUCCUGCAUGACGAGCUGUCCACACAGGAGCAUGUGCAUGGGCUUCAUCGAGGAUCGGCCGGUAAGGCUCCGUGGCUCUCAAGGAGGCUCUUGCAACGUUAAGCAGAUGCUCUCGCGCUGCUCCUCUUGCAAGGAUGCUUGCUCAGAGCUCCACGCUGGACCUGUGCGAUUCCCGCAGGAUGAUCCCUCGGACAAGGACGUCUGGAUCACCAGCUACCCAAAGACAGGCUCGACCUGGGUUCGGCAUCUGGUGACCAAUCUGUACUUCGCGGUGAAGAGCCCGGGGCUCCCUGAGGUGGCGUCCUUCAAAGCCGUGGAUGACUUUAUCCCCUUCAUCGAAGAUGGCAAGGGCUGGACCUCGCCCGACAUGUUCCGCUCUCGCACUGGCUUCCGGAUUUGGAAGACGCACGAGCCCUUCAACUGCGACACCCACCCCUGCAAGGGCGGCACCGUGGACCACCAGGCUCCCUCCCAGUGCAUGUGCCCCAACUGCGCCAAGAAGUUCCGGCGAGUGAUCUAUGUCUAUCGAAACGGUUAUGACACCCUGGCUUCCUACUUUCGAUUCCGACUGGGCCUGGGCCAAGUGAAGGAUCGCAGCUCCUUCAAGACCUUCAUCAACAACCGCAGGAUGUAUCCGGGCGUCUCCUGGUCGGAUCACAUCCGGUCUUGGCACCAUGCUGCCCAAGACAACCAGGAGCUGAAGAUCCUGUGGCUUCGGUAUGAAUCCUUGCGGGAGACGCCGGAAGUGGAGAUGAGAAGAAUCGCGGAGUUCCUGAGCCUCGAUGCGGGGAUGGAGCACAUUCGGUUCGCCAUCAACGCCUCUUCGGCAGAGACCUUGCAAAGCAUGGAGCAGAGGGAGGGCGGCGUGAACUUCUUCAAGAUCCGUUACAACAAGAGCUCCCUGAAGUUUGUGGGCUCAGGACAGGGCAACAUGGCGACGACUGCGCUGUGGGGGCAAGUAGAAGAGGCAGACCUUGCCACGUGGCAGCUGCACAACGGCCACAUCCAGCGCUGCCUGGGAUACGCUGACAUGCCACCGACCUGA